AGGUUUUCUCCUAGGCGAUGUGAAAGGUGAAGCCAAGAACAGCAUUACUGACUCACAAAUGGAUGAUGUUGAAGUUGUUUAUACAAUCGAUAUACAGAAGCAUAUUCCCUGCUACCAGCUGUUCAGCUUUUAUAAUUCUGCAGGAGAACUGAAUGAACCUGCCCUGAAGAAAAUACUAUCGGGCUGUAAGAAGAAUGUAAUAGGAUGGUACAAAUUCAGACGCAACACAGACCAGACCAUGACAUUUCGGGAGAGACUUCUCCAUAAGAACUUGCAGUCACACCUAUCAAAUCAGGGUCUUGUAUUCCUUCUCUUAACCUCUAGUGUGAUGACAGAAAGUUGUUCUACUUACAGACUGGAACAUGCCUUACAUCGGCCACAGGAAGGCCUUUUCCAGAAAGUCCCUUUGGUGGUUACCAAUCUGGGUAUGGCAGAACAGCAAGGCUACAGAACAGUGUCUGGCUCCUGCGUAUCUUCUGGCUUUGUGAGAGCAGUAAGACAACACAGGUCAGAGUUCUUUCACGAAGAUGGAUCCUUGCAAGAGGUUCAUAAGAUAAAUGAGAUGUAUGCCACCUUGCAGGAGGAACUGAAGAAAAUAUGCUUUACAGUAGAAGUCAGUGAACGAUCUGUAGAGAAACUCUUAGCAGAGGUGAAGCAAUUAAAAGAAGAAAUAAAGAGGAAAAAGCAACAAAGUUGUUCAGGAGAAGACAGGGACUACACAGGAGAGCCAAAGGAGAAUGUUCUCCUUUGUCAGGCACUGCAAACAUUUUUCCCCAACUCUGGACUUCAGACAUGUAUUGUUUCCUUCAAAGGCCAACAGAUAUCCAAGAACUGCUGCAACAUUAACCAUAAUAUUAAUGUCACGGACAAACUGACUCUCAUGGUAGAGGAAAGAGACUUCAUUGAAUUUGAAACAAGACAUCUAACGAAGCGUAAAGUCAGAGGGACCAAAACAGUAUCAAAGUCAUUCAAGAAAUCCAGAACAUUGCAGCUUCACCGGGAAUCACCUGCAGACCCAGAGGACAGUGACCAGGACAGGAAGCUUACGCUGAGCAGCACUGAAUCAGACGAGGAUGUGUUGGAAAAAAAUAGAGACACAAAUGAAUACCCACACUCUCCUACUUUCUGAUCUGUUAAUGAUUUGUCAGAUGACUUCACACCAAAAGCUACUGCCAGCAUAUUCAAGUGAUGUAUCAAUUUAUAGCACUGCAGGGAUGUAUAUAACAUAGUGCAUUUCUGCAAAACAUACAGGGUUUGUUUGGGGUUUUUGUCCAGUGUAUGAAUCCUGUUCAGCAUAACAACAUCCAGAUGACAUUCCCUCAUUUUCCCUUCCAGAGUUCCUCUGUAGUCUCUCUCAGGGUUUAAAGACUAUGCCAGCAGGAUGCUAUCAGUCAGAUAACCAUAAUACUGCCUCGAACUAAUACAACUUCAAGCUGCUGUUGAAGAAGCAGUACUACCCUUCCCUCAGCAGAAGCUGAUGCAGGCAGCACCAAAUGAACACAGAUAACUUAAUUAGCAGUCUACUUGAACUGCCACAAUUUAAAUACUUUUAAUUUAUCCUUAGGAAACCAGUAGUUGUUUAUUUCCCCCCAUCUUACAAUCUAGAGAGGGGAAAAAAACAGCCACUCAAAGUUUAACAAGACCUGUGAGUGCAGAAAGGGGUCCAGAAAGCUGCCAGUUUCUAUUACUGCCUUAAUAUUUCAUACUUCCUUCAGACAAUAAAUUUUAGAUACUUCAUAAAAUUAAUAAAAACCCAACUGACAUCCACCCCUCAGUCAACCAUGCACUAUGCUAGAAAACCACACUUCCAGUAAGCAAGUAUUUGAACAUGAAACACAGUUUUAUUUUUUAUUUCUUUACGGUAUAU